AUGAAUCCUUAUUGUUCAAUGCAUAAAGAAGAUAUAAUUAACUUUUGCGUUGAUUCAAAUUGUUAAACCAGAUGUUUAUGUAAAUCAUGUAAACAUGAACAUGAGACCGUUCCUAUAUCUUAUCUAAUUGAGAAUAUAUUUGUAAAAGAGACAAUGAAUAUCGUUACAUUGUUCAAAGUAAUAAUAUAAAAAAUGGUUCAUUCUAUUGAGAGUGAUUUAAAAACAUAAUUAGAAGAAAUCUAAUAUGAGAAAGCACCAAAUGAAAUAACCUAAUUAAGUGCUUUUUUGAGAAAAAAAUAUUAGAUUUUUUAGAUCCUUAAGGAAUCAAUUUAAUUUAAACUUUAAAGGGUUAUAGAUGCUAUUAGAUAACCUGUUAGUUCAUCUAAGCCACAAUUUCCUAAUUCUUUAAAUAGUCUACCCAUUAUGGAUAGAGAUGUAAAUAAAUAAUCAACUUAAGUUAUUAAGAAAUUAAAAUCAGAAGAAUAAAUUAGAAUAGUGAAUACUGAGAAAAUUGAAGAAACUCUUAUGUUAGAUAAAUUAGAGAUUCAAAGAUUAAAAUCAUUUAAUGAAGAAAAUUGGCCAUGGAGAUUAGAAUAAGGUGCUUAAUUUGUGACUAUAUUUACUGCUCUUAGAAACUUCAAAUUAUUGGGUUUUAAAUAACCAAUAUUAUUUUGCUCAAAUUUAAUCAAUCAUUAAAGAAAACCUAUUAAUUUUAGCUUUGCUCUUUAUCAUAAGAAAAAUUUAUAAAAAAAAGCAAUUUAUGUAGAGAGUAAGACGAUAAAACAUAAAAAUGAAAAAGUAGUAGAUAGAUGUUAUGACAUAGCAUUCAAAAUACCUUAAAAAAUAUAAAUGGGAAAAGAAUAUUCAUUAGUAAUAUGGAGUAAUUCUGGAUUUUAUAGUCAUUAUUAUAGUUUACCUGCUCCUUCUAAUGAUUUUAUUGAAUUUUAAUAAUAAGAUUACAAUGAUCAUCCAAAAAUAAAAAAACCAGAACUUGUUCAUAAAGUAAUUUCUACUUAUAGAGCAGGUUUGAUUCCUGCUUUAUAUAUUGAUCCUAGAUAAGAAAAUGAUAAAUGA